AUGGACCCCUAUGAUUUCCAUGACCAAGAAGAGGCGAUUGCCGAUGAAGACGAUCUUGAAAGACUCGAAAGGGAACUUGCUCCUUCCUCUGCUGACUACUAUGGUGUGUUGAACAUUUCAAAAAAGGCAACAGAGGAAGAAAUCAAGGAAUCCUACAAGAAACUAUGUCGAUUCUUUCACCCUGAUAAACAUACAGAUGAAGAAAAGAAGAGAAAAGCAGAAUCUCGAUUUCAAGUGAUUCAGAAAGCCUAUGAAGUCUUGAGUGAUCCCAAGAAGCGUAUCAUCUAUGACACAUACGGUGAAGAAGGAUUGAACGCGUCAUGGGAUGUAGGACCUAGAUACAAGACAACAGAAGAGCUUCGUGAAGAAUAUGAAAAGCAGGCUAAACAAAAGAGAGAACAAGAACUCGAAAACCUCGUACGAUCACGCAGCGAUCUUCAAUUGACAUUGGAUGCCAGUCAAGUAUUUGAUCCAUAUGAGCCACCUGCAUUUGCUGGGUUAGGAUCCAUGCCUGCCAAAAGACGUCAUGGGCCGUUAAAGAGAAUCAGUCAGACGCAGGUACAACAGUUGUUCAUGCGGCACUCGUUCCAGACACAGAUUGGACCCCAAACGGUCGCUGUUGUGGGUGGAUCGAUGUUAUCGAGAGGUGGAAUGGGAGGUGGUAAUUUAAUGGGCACGAUUCGACAUACAGUCUCGCCCAAGUUAUCAGGAGAGGGGGAAACAACAUUACUCAAGCCAAGACUCGUUUCAUUAAAAACAUAUUAUUCUCUCUCUUCUGACAGUUUUAUUAAUACAUCUGCGCAGUGCAACUCGAUCUAUGAUCCACCUAUCCUGUCUAUUACCGCAGGGCGUAGAUUGUACGCAUCAACCACCGGUUAUCUGACUUACCGCACAGGCGAAUAUUCCAUUUUUGGAUGGGGAGGAGAUGUGUCGCGCAAGAUGGAUAAAUCGUCUGUGGCACUUGGAAUGGCUGGAAUGAAUAAAUCUGGUAAUUACAGUGGAGAGCUUCAGACAGGUGUUAUGGCAAGUCAUAUUGCAGGUGAAUACAGCUAUAAAUUACCCCAUCAAGGUAAACUUCAAGUCAGUUGUACCUUAUCAACUCAAGGGGGUAUCUCCGCCAGUGUUGGUAGUGAUCAUAAAGUGACCAAACAUGCAAGGAUCGGAUUUACUUUGGAAUGUGGAUUGGCGUUGGGUGUAAUUGUCAAAUUUAGGGUCUCUCGUCUUGGUCAAAAGGUGACAGUGCCCAUUAUACUCUCGCCCGAAUUUGAUCUUAAAUUGGUAUUGUUCGGUGCUGUAGUGCCUGCAACUGUUGCAAUUGCGGUUGACCAGUGGGUAUUAAAACCAAUCCGAAGACAAAGGAUAGAAGAAAAAGUGCAACAACUGAGAGAGCAACAUAAAGAAUACCUUGAGAAUCGAAAGAGAGAAGCUCUGGAUGCACAAUCAUUAAUGGAAGACAUUGCAAAAAGAAAGCAAAGACAAGAAGAAAACAAUAAUGGAUUGGUCAUUGUCAAGGCAAUCUAUGGUAAUAUGAACAAGGAGAGUGAGCAGAUCGAUGUGACAGUGGUCGUUCAGACAUUGGUUCAUGAGUCUCGAUUGACAAUACCAAGCGGUCACUCAAAGACACAUAUUCUUGGUUUCUAUGAUCCUUGUUUAGGAGAAAAGAAACAAUUGAUGGUGGAAUAUAGAUACAGACAUAGAUUACAUCAAGUUACUGUAGAUGAUCAGUCACCUUUACUUUGCCCUAUGGAAGGUAAAUAA